UUUUCUGCAACCAAAAUCCAAACGUUGGCGGAGUUUACAACAGAAACCCUUCAAAACCCACUUCUAAAUUGCUCCAAAGUUCAUAACUUCGAUCCCACAUUACCGAUUUACACCUUGAUUGUUCCGCACUAGAACCUCGGUUGAAGUUUCUGCAACCACUAUUAUGGCCAUGGUUUUCAAGUCAAUGGCUGCUUCAGCAAGCGAUCUAAGUCUCGUAAGACUAUCUAAUGGUGCUGGAAAGCCCCCAGUUGAUUUGAAGAGUCGAGUUUUUGGUGGCAGAGUUUUCAGUCUUGGAUUCUGUUGCAGGGGAGAGAAAUGGAAGGGGAAUCAUGGUGUUAAGGUUCGUGCAGCUUUGCAAUUGGAUGUGGAGGAACCAAAGAGUAAGAGUGCAUUGGAGGGAACACUUGGUUUGGAUGUGGUUUCUGAGGGAGAGUUAAUGGUGAAGGGGUUUAAGGGGUUGAGGAAGACAAAGCUGGUUUGUACUGUUGGUCCUGCUUGCAGCUCAUUGGAGGAUUUAGAGAAGUUGGCAUUGGGAGGAAUGAAUGUUGCCAGGUUUAAUAUGUGCCAUGGUACUAGGGAAUGGCACCGUGACGUGAUUAGGAAGAUUAAGAAGUUGAAUGAGGAAAAAGGUUUCUCUGUUUCUGUGAUGAUUGACACUGAGGGUAGUCAGAUUCAUGUUGUUGAUCACGGGGCUUCGUCCUCGGUUAAAGUAGAGGAAGGUUCGAUUUGGCGGUUUACUGCUGAACAUUUUGAGGGUUCUCGUCCAUUCACCGUUCAAGCAAACUAUAAAGGCUUUUCUGAAGGUAUUGAAGUGGGUGAUGAACUUGUUAUUGAUGGUGGAAUGGCAUGCUUUGAAGUCAUUGAGAAGACUGGAAAUGAUUUGCAUUGUAAGUGCAUAGAUGCUGGUCUUUUCUUGCCUGGGGCCAAAUUAAGUUUCUGGAGAGAUGGAAAGCUUGUGAGGAGGAAUUACAACCUGUCCGCUAUAUCAAAGAAGGAUUGGGCUGACAUUGACUUUGGUAUAGCAGAAGGUGUUGAUAUUUUUGCCUUAUCCUUUGUCAGUCAUGCUGAUUCUGUUAAGGACCUAAAGAACUAUCUCUCUACCAAAUCAACCAAAUCCAUAAAAGUACUGGCAAAGAUAGAAAGCUUAGAAUCCCUUUAUAAUCUGGAGGCAAUAGUGCAAGCUUCUGACGGGAUCAUGGUGGCUCGGGGUGACCUGGGAGUUGAAAUACCACUUGAACAGAUUCCUACAGUCCAAGAGGAUAUAAUUUACAUUUGCAGACAACUAAACAAGCCCGUGAUUGUAGCUUCUCAGCUUCUUGAGUCAAUGGUUGAGUAUCCAACACCAACACGUGCCGAGGUAGCGGAUGUUUCUGAAGCAGUUCGACAGUACGCCGAUGCUUUGAUGCUGUCUGGUGAGUCAGCUAUUGGAUCAUUUGGACAGAAAGCUUUGGCAGUGUUGGAUAUGGCUAGCAGUAGAAUGGAAUCAUGGAGCCGUGAGGAAAACAGACAAAAUCUUCUCAAUCACCACAAACUUGGAGCAUCAUUGCCAGAUUGCAUCACUGAGCAAAUAUGCAAUUGUGCUGUUGAAAUGGCCAACAACCUGGGUGUGGAUGCCAUCUUUGUAUACACAAAGCAUGGAUACAUGGCAUCUCUCCUAUCACGCAAUCGACCAAAUCCUCCAAUCUUUGCUUUCACCGAUGAUGACAACACAUGUAUGGCUCUGAAUUUGCAGUGGGGUGUGGUUCCCCUUCUUGUUGAUUUGUCAGAUGAUGCUGAAGCUAACAUCUCAAAAUCAGUCCAGCUUAUGAAGUCUAAAGGGUUGAUCAACAAAGAAGAUGUGGUUCUUGUGGUCUCUGACGUUGCUCCAACCCGCACAACCAUGGCUUUCCAGUCAAUUCAGGUAAAGACUAUUAUCUAGAAUGCAAGGCUGCAAAAAUGUUGAACUGACACGUGUCUGUAUAUUUUCUAGGCCUUGGGGUUUGGAUUUUGUAUUCCUAGCUUUUUGUUUUUUUUUAUAAAACGUUAAAUUUUUCAGUAGAGAAGUGGUUGUAAAACUCUUUGACGAUUUGUUUCUUAUACAUCCUCUUCUAAGAGUUGAAAUUCAUGCA